AUGAUAUUGCUUCUUUUUCUAUCUUGUUUGAUUUUCUCCUGCUUGACCCUUUCCUGGUUAAAAAUCUGGGGGAAAAUGACUGACUCUAUGCAAGUCACCAAGAGUAAAUCAGAAGGGAGCUGUAUCCCAAGCCAGGAGCCCUUUCCAGCCUCAGACAGCUCAGGGGAGCCACCCCAGAAAAACAGUGACUGCAGCCCUCUGCCAGAGACUCCUAACCAGGCCAAGCCAGCCUCCCACAAAGGUCCCAAAGAUGCCUGUCAGCAGAGAACUUCCAAGCCACCCCCACACCAGAAUCCCCCAGGAAACCCCCAUACCUCGGAUAACAACCCUGCAGCACUCCAAGCCAAUGGGACGGGGACCGAAGGCCUGAAGACCCUGGAUACCAGUGGCCCGCCAUCUCCAGCCAAGCCCCAGGGCCAGCGAGCCAGACCCUUCUCCAAAGAAGACGAGAAGCAAGAGCACAUUAAGAGGCAGCUGAUGACCAACUUCAUCCUGGGCUCCUUUGAUGACAACUCCUCUGAUGAGGACCCUGGCGCUGGCUUGUUCCGAGAGUCUUCCCGGAAGGGCAGCCGGGCCAGCCUGGGGACCGUGUCCCUGGAGGCCGCUCCGACUGUAGGCGAGUCCGAGAACCCCGUCUCCGCUAUGAGACCUAGCAUGUCUGGACUCCACCUGGUGAAGAGGGGCCGAGAACUGAAGAAGCUGGACCUGCACAGAGACUUUACCGUGGCCUCCCCGGCUGAGUUUGUCACACGCUUUGGGGGGAACCGGGUCAUUGAGAAGGUGCUCAUCGCCAACAAUGGCAUUGCCGCCGUGAAGUGCAUGCGCUCCAUCCGCAGGUGGGCCUAUGAGAUGUUCCGGAACGAGCGGGCCAUCCGGUUUGUAGUCAUGGUGACCCCAGAGGACCUGAAGGCCAAUGCAGAGUAUAUCAAGAUGGCAGAUCAGUAUGUCCCUGUCCCAGGUGGGCCCAACAACAACAAUUAUGCCAACGUGGAGUUGGUUGUGGACAUUGCCAAGAGGAUCCCCGUGCAGGCGGUGUGGGCUGGCUGGGGCCAUGCUUCCGAAAGCCCCAAACUGCCGGAGCUCCUGUGCAAGCAUGAGAUUGCUUUCUUAGGCCCUCCAAGUGAGGCCAUGUGGGCUUUGGGAGAUAAGAUCGCCUCCACCAUUGUGGCCCAGACACUGCAGAUCCCAACAUUGCCCUGGAGCGGAAGCGGUCUGAUGGUGGAAUGGGCAGAAGGUGAUCUGCAGCAGGGGAAAAGAAUCACUGUCCCAGAAGAUGUUUACAACCAGGGUUGUGUGAAAGAUAUAGAUGAGGGCUUAGAGGUGGCAGGAAAAAUUGGUUUUCCCUUGAUGAUCAAAGCAUCUGAAGGCGGCGGAGGGAAAGGAAUCCGGAAGGCAGAGAGUGCCGAGGACUUCCCAGUCCUUUUCAGACAAGUGCAGACUGAGAUCCCUGGCUCCCCCAUCUUCCUCAUGAAGCUGGCUGAGCAUGCCCGACAUCUGGAGGUCCAGAUCCUUGCUGACCAGUAUGGGAACGCCGUGUCCCUGUUUGGGCGUGACUGCUCCAUCCAGCGGCGGCAUCAGAAGAUCAUUGAGGAGGCACCAGCCACCAUCGCCAUACCGGCUGUGUUCGAGUUCAUGGAGCAGUGUGCUGUCCGCCUGGCCAAGACUGUGGGCUAUGUGAGCGCGGGGACGGUAGAAUAUCUCUACAGCCAAGAUGGCAGUUUCCACUUCUUGGAGCUGAAUCCCCGCCUGCAAGUGGAGCACCCCUGCACAGAGAUGAUCGCAGACGUCAACCUGCCGGCUGCCCAGCUGCAGAUUGCCAUGGGGGUGCCAUUGCACCGGCUGAAGGAUAUCCGGCUUCUGUAUGGAGAGUCGCCAUGGGGUGUGACGCCCAUUUCGUUUGACACUCCUGCCAACCCUCCGCUCGCCCGAGGCCAUGUCAUCGCGGCCAGAAUCACCAGUGAGAACCCUGAUGAGGGGUUUAAGCCAAGCUCCGGAACGGUUCAGGAACUGAAUUUCCGGAGCAGCAAGAACGUCUGGGGUUAUUUCAGCGUGGCGGCUGCUGGCGGCUUACAUGAAUUUGCUGACUCCCAGUUUGGGCACUGCUUCUCCUGGGGAGAGAACCGGGAAGAGGCCAUUUCGAACAUGGUGGUGGCUUUGAAGGAACUGUCCAUCCGGGGCGACUUCAGGACCACCGUGGAGUAUCUCAUUAACCUGCUGGAGACUGAGCACUACCAGAACAAUGACAUCGACACUGGCUGGUUGGAUCACCUCAUUGCUGAGAAAGUGCAGGCUGAGAAACCAGAUAUCAUGCUCGGGGUGGUGUGCGGGGCCUUGAACGUGGCCGACUCGAUGUUCAGAACUUGCAUGACGGAUUUCUUACACUCGCUGGAAAGGGGCCAGGUCCUUCCUGCAGCUUCUCUGCUGAACAUCGUGGAUGUGGAAUUAAUUUAUGGAGGUGUUAAGUACAUCCUCAAGGUGGCCCGGCAAUCUCUGACCAUGUUCAUCCUCAUCAUGAACGACUGUCAUAUCGAGAUCGAUGCCCACCGGCUAAGCGACGGGGGGCUGCUGCUGUCCUAUAAUGGUAACAGCUAUACUACCUACAUGAAAGAAGAGUUUGACAGUUACCGUAUUACCAUCGGCAACAAGACUUGCGUGUUUGAGAAGGAGAACGAUCCCACGGUCCUGAGGGCCCCUUCGGCUGGGAAGCUAAUACAGUACACAGUGGAAGACGGGGGCCAUGUUGAGGCUGGGAGCAGCUACGCCGACAUGGAGGUAAUGAAGAUGAUCAUGACCCUGAACGUGCAGGAGAGUGGCCGGAUCAAAUACAUUGAGCGCCCGGGGGCCGCGCUGGAAGCAGGCUGUGUGGUGGCCAGGCUGGAGCUCGAUGACCCUUCCAAAGUGCACCCGGCCAAGCCAUUCACAGGAAAGCUCCCUUCCCAGCAAACUCUACCCAUCAUGGGAGAGAAACUGCACCAGGUUUUCCACAAUGUCCUAGAAAACCUAACCAACGUCAUGAGUGGCUACUGUCUGCCGGAGCCCAUUUUUAGCACAAAGCUGAAGGAGUGGGUGCAGAAGCUCAUGAUGACCCUCCGGCACCCAUCACUGCCGCUCUUGGAACUGCAGGAAAUCAUGACCAGCGUGUCUGGCUGCAUCCCUGCCCCCGUGGAGAAGUCUGUCCGCAGGGUGAUGGCUCAGUACGCCAGCAAUAUCACCUCAGUGCUGUGCCAGUUCCCCAGCCAACAGAUAGCCACCAUCCUAGACUGCCACGCGGCCACCCUGCAGCGGAAGGCUGAACGGGAGGUCUUCUUCAUGAACACUCAGAGCAUUGUGCAGCUUGUCCAGAGAUACCGCAGCGGGACCCGAGGCUACAUGAAGGCGGUGGUGUUGGACCUCCUGCGGAGAUAUUUACGGGUGGAGCACCAUUUCCAACAAGCUCACUACGACAAGUGUGUGAUCAACCUCAGGGAGCAGCUGAAGCCAGACAUGUCCCAGGUGCUGGACUGCAUCUUUUCCCACGCACAGGUGGCCAAGAAGAACCAGCUGGUGAUCAUGUUGAUCGAUGAGCUCUGUGGUCCAGACCCUUCCCUGUCGGAAGAGCUGACCUCCAUCCUCAACGAGCUCACUCAGCUGAGCAAGAGUGAGCAUUGCAAAGUGGCCCUCAGAGCCAGACAGGUCCUGAUCGCCUCCCACCUCCCGUCCUACGAGCUGAGGCACAACCAGGUGGAGUCCAUUUUCCUGUCUGCCAUCGACAUGUAUGGCCACCAGUUCUGUCCAGAAAACCUCAAGAAACUAAUACUCUCCGAAACGACCAUAUUUGAUGUCCUGCCCACUUUCUUCUACCAUGCUAAUAAAGUCGUCUGCAUGGCAUCCUUGGAGGUGUAUGUGCGACGGGGCUACAUUGCCUAUGAGUUAAACAGUUUGCAGCACCGGGAGCUCCCAGAUGGCACCUGCGUGGUGGAGUUCCAGUUCAUGUUGCCCUCCUCCCACCCAAACAGGAUGGCCGUGCCCAUCAGCGUCACCAACCCCGAUCUACUGAGGCACAGCACCGAGCUUUUCAUGGACAGCGGCUUCUCCCCACUGUGCCAGCGGAUGGGGGCCAUGGUCGCCUUCAGGAGAUUUGAGGACUUCGUAAGGAAUUUUGAUGAAGUCAUCUCCUGCUUUGCCAAUGUGCCCCAGGAAGCCCCCCUCUUCAGCAAGGCCUGCACUUCCCUGUACUGUGAGGAAGACAGCAAGAACCUCAGAGAAGAGCCAAUCCACAUCCUGAAUGUGGCCAUCCAGCAUGCGGACCACCUGGAAGAUGAGGAGCUGGUGCCGAUUUUCCGGACGUUCGUACAGUCCAAGAAAAACAUCCUUGUGGAUUAUGGACUCCGAAGAAUCACAUUCCUGAUUGCCCAAGAGAAAGAAUUUCCCAAGUUUUUCACGUUUAGAGCAAGAGACGAGUUUGCAGAAGAUCGCAUUUACCGUCACCUGGAGCCCGCCCUGGCCUACCAGCUGGAGCUCAGUCGGAUGCGCAGCUUCGAUCUGACCGCGGUGCCCUGCGCCAACCACAAGAUGCACCUGUACCUGGGCGCCGCCAAAGUGAAAGAAGGGGCAGAAGUGACGGACUACAGGUUCUUCAUCCGCGCCAUCAUCAGGCACUCGGACCUCAUUACAAAGGAAGCCUCCUUUGAGUACCUGCAGAAUGAGGGUGAGCGUCUGCUCCUGGAGGCCAUGGACGAGCUGGAGGUGGCGUUCAACAACACCAACGUGCGCACCGACUGCAACCACAUCUUCCUGAACUUCGUGCCCACCGUCAUCAUGGACCCCUCCAAGAUCGAGGAGUCCGUGCGUUCCAUGGUUAUGCGCUAUGGCAGUCGGCUGUGGAAACUCCGUGUGCUGCAGGCUGAGGUCAAGAUCAACAUCCGCCAGACCACCACUGGCAAUGCUGUUCCCAUCCGCCUGUUCAUCACCAAUGAGUCGGGCUACUACCUGGACAUCAGCCUCUACAAAGAAGUCACCGACCCCAGAUCUGGAAAUAUCAUGUUUCACUCCUUUGGUGACAAACAGGGACGCCAGCACGGGAUGCUGAUCAACACUCCCUACGUCACCAAGGAUCUGCUUCAGGCCAAGCGAUUCCAGGCCCAGUCCCUGGGCACCACCUACGUCUAUGACUUCCCAGAGAUGUUCAGGCAGGCUCUCUUUAAACUGUGGGGCACCCCAGACAAGUACCCCAAGGACAUCCUGACAUACACUGAACUCGUGCUGGACCCCCAGGGCCAGCUAGUGGAGAUGAACCGCCUUCCUGGGGGAAAUGAGGUGGGCAUGGUGGCCUUCAAAAUGAGGUUCAAGACUCCAGAGUAUCCGGAAGGGCGGGACGUGAUCGUCAUCAGCAAUGACAUCACGUUCCGAAUUGGGUCCUUUGGCAUGGGAGAAGACCUCCUGUACCUGCGGGCAUCAGAGAUGGCCCGGGCAGAGGGCAUCCCCAAAAUCUACCUCGCAGCCAACAGUGGGGCUGGUAUUGGCCUUGCAGAGGAGAUCAAGCACAUAUUCCAGGUGGCUUGGGUGGACCCAGGAGACCCCAACAAAGGAUUUAAGUACUUGUACCUGACCCCCCAAGACUACACCACAAUCAGCUCCCUGAAUUCUGUCCACUGUAAACACAUCGAGGAAGAUGGAGAAUCCAGGUAUGUCAUCACGGAUAUUAUUGGGAAGGACAGUGGUGUGGGCAUAGAGAAUCUCCGGGGUUCUGGCAUGAUUGCGGGGGAGUCUUCCCUGGCUUAUGAAGAGAUUGUCACCAUCAGCUUGGUGACCUGCCGAGCUGUGGGGAUCGGAGCCUACUUGGUGAGGCUGGGCCAGCGAGUCAUCCAGGUGGAAAACUCUCACAUCAUCCUGACGGGAGCCAGCGCGCUAAACAAGGUCCUGGGCCGAGAGGUCUACACCUCCAACAACCAGCUGGGUGGCGUGCAGAUCAUGCAUUACAACGGCAUCUCCCACACCACUGUGCCAGACGACUUCGAGGGCGUGUACACCAUCCUGGAGUGGCUGUCCUAUAUGCCAAAGAAUAAUCACAGCCCAGUCCCCAUCAUCACACCCACGGACCCCAUUGACAGAGAAGUUGGAUACUACCCGACCAAAGCUCCAUAUGACCCCCGGUGGCUGCUUGCAGGAAAGCCUCACCCGACUCUGAAGGGAUCCUGGCAGAGUGGAUUCUUCGACCAUGGCAGUUUCAAGGAAAUCAUGGCACCUUGGGCCCAGACCGUGGUAACAGGACGAGCAAGGCUGGGGGGUAUCCCUGUUGGAGUGAUCGCCGUGGAGACGCGGACCGUGGAGGUGGUGAUACCUGCGGACCCUGCCAACCUGGAUUCGGAGGCCAAGAUAAUCCAGCAGGUGGGCCAGGUGUGGCUCCCAGACUCGGCAUACAAGACAGCCCAGGCCAUCAAGGAUUUUAACCGAGAGAAGUUGCCCCUGAUAAUCUUUGCCAACUGGAGGGGGUUCUCCGGUGGCAUGAAAGACAUGUACGACCAGAUGCUGAAGUUCGGAGCCUACAUCGUGGACAGCCUCAGGCAGUAUAAACAGCCCAUCCUGUCCUAUAUCCCACCCAACGCAGAGCUCCGGGGAGGCUCCUGGGUGGUCUUGGACUCCUCCAUCAAUCCCCUGUGCAUAGAAUUGUACGCAGACAAGGAGAGCAGGGCGAAUAUUCUGGAGCCGGAGGGAACGGUGGAGAUUAAGUACAGAAAGAAAGAUCUGAUAAAGACCAUGAGAAGGAUCGACCCAGCUUACAAGAAGCUCGUGGAACAGCUAGGAACACCAGGGCUCUCGGACAAGGACCGCAAGGACCUGGAGGGCCAGCUGAAAGCCCGGGAGCAACAGCUGCUGCCCAUCUAUCACCAGGUGGCGGUGCAGUUCGCCAGCCUCCACGACAAGCCCAUCUGCAUGCUGGAGAAGGGUGCCCUCACUGACAUCUUGGAAUGGAAGACCUCACGCACCUUUCUGUAUUGGCGCCUGCGCCGCCUCCUGCUGGAGGACCAGAUCAGGCAGGAGAUCCUGCAGGCCAGCCCGGAGCUAAGCCACGUGCACAUCCAGUCCAUGCUGCGGCGCUGGUUCGUGGAGACCGAGGGGGCCGUCAAGGCCUACAUGUGGGACAACAACCAGAUGGUGGUGCGGUGGCUGGAACAGCACUGGCAGGCGGGGGAUGGCCUGCACUCCACCAUCCGCGAGAACAUCAAGUGCCUAAAGCGCGACUCCGUCCUCAAGGCCAUCAGAGGCCUGGUACAGGACAAUCCAGAAGUGGCCACGGACUGUAUCGUGUACAUGAGCCAGCACGUCAGCCCAGCCGAGCGGGCACAAGUCAUUCACCUCCUGUCCACCAUGGACAGCCCGACCUCCACCUGAACCCAGCCCACCGCACUCUCUUGCGGGACCAUGGGCAAGAGAAACCAUGCUGACCCGCCUACCGCAGGCCUCAUCAGGACCUUGGGGGUUUGCU